AAUAGGCAAAUCAAUAACGUUGGGCUUUUCUAGCUACCAAACAAUGUUACCCCAUUUACAACUAGCUAGGUACUUUGUAACAAUCGAAUGGGCACAAUGUGUGUAGAGCUAGCACAAUUAUUCUGAGACCAUUACGGUACAUUUGGCAACUAACUGUUUGUUGGCUGAAAAAGUAAUCGACACAUUCUGCGUUGUGCGUAGAACCACAAAAGCCAACUCGCGAUCCCUCUGCGAGAUUGGGUCGCUGGUGAGCAGCAAACACCAUCUGAAAGAGGAAGAGAACAUGGAAUAAACAUGGCACACAACAUAAGCUUUUUUGAAGCUCUGGAUAGAUCAGAGGCCAGGCGAGAUGGAGGGUACAAGCAGAACUGGAGCUUUUCUCUUUCUGAAGGCAGUGAAGAGGAGAGGAGACAUGAUUGCACAUCGGUGGUGACCACGAAGGAGAUGGAUGGACAGCAGCACUCCUCCCCAGAGGGGCAGAAGUCCCCCGCUCUUAGGCACUUCUCUUCUGCGGAUCCCCUGAAAACAUAUGAAAACAGGCCAAAUACAAAUAAUCACAUAAGGGCUCUAAACAAACUAGGAACUGGCAAGAGGCUAAGUGAAAUUCCAUACCCGGUAGCAACGACGUCGCCAAUGCCGAACAGAACAGACUAUUUAAUCGGCAGCCCAACACUGCCUCAAGGGGUCGUUCUACAGGGGAGACACUUUCAGCACACCCACCAUGUUCCUGCUGCAAUGAGGAAAACUGUCCAAAGAAAAGAGUACAGCACCACCCAGCAGCAGAUCCAACCAGUAGAAGUAGAGAGCAUCAUUCUCACCUGUCCAGAGAGCCCAGCCAACGACAACUCGAGCAUCAAACGGCGUGUCCAGCAGCACAGUCGGAGAGCCUCGGCGGAGGGCUGUUGUAGCUUUCCCUUGCAGGUUCAGACCGAGGAGGCCCUACAUCCAAACGUAGUGUGCGGGAAGUGUAGCAAAUCCAGUGAAAACAGCACCAUGUGUGAACACUGCGGGAACCCCUUGGCGUUGGAGGCCCCCCACCUCCACCACCCCCCUGCAGCCCAGCCUACGUCCCCCACGCCCAGACUCCCCAUCCGACCCCACCCCCAUACCAACCAGCACCCCUCCCCAGGAGCCAACAAUCUACAGCUGAGGAAGAACAACUUCUACGGUUCGGCCUCGACCUUGAGGGCGCCGCCGCUGCGCGUGGACACUGUGAUGAACCCGCCCAUCCCGGUACGCAUUACCACCCGGGCCGGCCUGCUACUGCCACACAACGGGAGACCCGUGGGGGCUGGGCUAGUGGGGAGCUGCUGCGCCGGGAAAGUCGCCGCCAACAAAGGCAGGAGGACGGCGGCCGCCAAGCUACACAAGAUCAACGACCCCAUCGUGCUGUCCAGUGACGAUGAUGAGGAGGAUGAAGCAGACGACGGCAGCACUGGUAGCGUCAACAGGCUGGACAGCGUCUCCCCGCUGCCCGCUGACUCGGCCCACUCCUCGCCAGCGCCCUCCGGAGGCAGGGUAGAGGCGGCAGUGAAGAGUAGCGCAGGAGAGGAGCAGGAGGAGAUCACCUCUGAUUUCUUCUCCGACGUCGACAGCAGAAUCUCACUACCCAAAAGGAACCGCAUGAAAGAUCAGUUUGGAAACCAAAUACCCGACGACUCUACACCCAGGAAAAAACAGAAGACCUCCCCCUACAAGCUGGACAGCAUCAUCCUGGACUGUAGGAGCGUGAGAGUAGGGACUCUUCGCAGGAUGGUGACCAAACCUGUCAUUUUUACGGGCGAUUACAUUCAACUUGAAACUGAAGUGCUUUGUAUCCCAGGCCCUGAAGUGGAUUCUCUGGAGAAGGUGCGCCUGCAAGCGUCUGGGCUUAUCAGCUGUGAGUGGUGCAGCGUGAGGAAGCUACCCGUGCUCUUCUUCCAGACCACCCAAGAGGAAUGUCUGCGGCUUCGCACCCAGCUCAAGAUGACCCGCGACAAGGGAGGCCUGUGGUACGACUGUGCCAGCAACGACUCUGACGAGAAGUACAUCGUGCUGAUCUUUGAGAACGGGCUGUCGAUGCACGAGCAGAUGAUUCUAGAGGAGAUUCUACAGGAGAUCGGCCGAGCCAACAAACUGAACGAGUUCCCCACUAAACUGCCGUUUGAUGAAGCUAACAUCAGAUUGGUCAACUACAACAAAGCAACAAAAGAAAAGGUAAAGAAUAAUAACGACAACAAUGGCGGUAAUGCCAACAACACACCGCCACCAACAGUGCGGACACGCAUGGCCACACGGCAGCAGACCAGCACGUUCUUCGAUGAUGAAGACGAUGACAUGGCUGAGCUCCAACCCACCUUCACUGGACCAAUCGUAAAGUUGAUGGUGUACCCACCUCCUCCAGCCAAGGGGGGCAUGUCGGUGACUAACGAAGACCUCCACUGCCUUAACGAUGGAGAGUUCCUAAACGACGUCAUCAUAGACUUUUAUUUAAAAUAUUUAGUUUUGGAGAAGUUGAAAAAAGAAGACUCACAAAGGAGUCACGUGUUCAGCUCCUUCUUUUACAAGAGGCUCAACCAAAGAGAGAGGAGAAGCAUCCCAGACACCACGAACCUAACGAUCCAGAAGAGGAAGCACAAUCGGGUGAAGACGUGGACCCGACAUGUAGACCUGUUCCAGAAGGACUUCAUCUUUGUUCCCAUUAACGAGUCAGCCCACUGGUACUUAGCAGUGAUCUGCUUCCCAGGCCUUCAGGGCCCUCAGUUUGUGACCAACCCCCUAUACCAGGCCCCGGAGUCAGCACCAGGGCCGACACAGGCUGCCCCCCAGGGCAGCCCCCCUGACCACUGCCGGCCCCUGUCUCCAGAGCCAGACCACUUUGAGCCUCUGUCCCCAGACAGAGAGGAACCCGUGGCCACCUCAGAGAAGCUGUCCCUCAGUGCCACUGAGGCCUCCUCGGGGAGACACUCUCACAGCGAGCAGCCAAAGGGGGUGUCCACCUGUCCCAAUGGGCGCCAAGAGCCUCCCAAGACCUCUGGAGCCAGGGUGAAUGGACAGGUCAACGCCCAGCCACAGUACACAGAUGGUCUGCACAGAAUCGGUGUGUGUUAUGGAUCAGGAGGUGGCAAUGGUGAUGACACCCAUACCUUUUCUGAUGAUCAAAGCUCCUGCCAGGAUGAGUGCAGUGAGGAUGGUGCACUUGCUGAGGACCCGGUUACCCCUGAGAGCUCGGAGUGUACCUCCAAACCCACCACCUGUAAACAGCCCUGCAUUCUCAUCAUGGACUCGUUACGUGGCCCUUCCAGAUCUUCAGUAGUUAAAACAUUACGAGAGUACCUGGAGGUGGAGUGGGAGGUGAGGAAAGGAAGUCAGAGGAGUUUUGGGAAGGAUCAGAUGAAGGGCUCCAACCCACGUGUGCCUCAGCAAGAUAACUUCAGCGACUGUGGAGUCUACAUCCUGCAGUAUGUGGAGAGCUUCUUCGAGAGUCCACUUGCCAGCUUUCAUCUCCCCUUGAACCUGGCGGAAUGGUUCCUGCAGCAGCGGAUGAAGACUAAACGCGAGGAGAUCAAGGAGCUCAUUCGAAAGAUCCAAUCCCAACAGAAGGAGGCAGGCCAGGGCUCAGCCAAAGGCUCUCCUGGUGAACAGGAGGUGGGAGGAGAGGAUACAGAGGAAGGUGUAGAGAUACAGAUUCAGAACUUUCCCGUCAGCCCCUGAGGUGCAGUGUCUGGUCUGACACGGCUACCUACCUACUCUCUUUUACUUUGACAUGACGGUCCUAUCUAUCGGGUGGGGCUGCCUGGCCAAGCCUGGAGGUCGGUCCGUCUGCCUUCCUGCUGCCAGGGCCAGGCCUGAUUACAUGCUGCUGGAUUACCCCCCCCCCCCCCCCCCAUUAUUUCCUAACUGUCCUAUUCCUUCCAUUUACAACAAAACAAAACAUUUUACAUUUGUAUUGAAUAAAACAUGUAUAUAUGCUGGAUGUUUUUGCUGCCUUUGAGAUUUACUGUUUUUUUGAUGCCGCGCUACACAUGGAUGAUCAUCAUCCAUAUCUGUUUUCUUCAUAGAUGUUCUUUUUUUCGGGUGCAGAAUAUACUGUUCCGCUCUUGUAUCAUAUUUUUUAUGCAUCUGAGUUGUGUAGAGAACUUGCUGUUAUUUGUCAUUUAUAGCCAUACCGGUCUGGAAGAAAGUAUCAUUUUCAAAAUCCCAGUACCUCUCAUGAAUUGCUUAACAAGUACUUGUUAAAGGCCCAGUGCAGUCAAAAACAUGAUUAUCCUGUGUUUCAUAUAUUUUUACACACUAGGAGGUUGGAAUAAUACUGUAUGAUAAUACUGUAUAAUGCCCUUUUAGUGUAAUAGCUGUUUGAUGGGAUGAAGACAUCACAGCUAGAUUUCCGUUUUUCCCUCCCCACUCGGACCCCUCCCAGAUAGUCCUAGCUAAAUUCUUGCCUGAGAAAUUGAUCUUUGCUAAGAAGCUAUUUGUUGCUUUUUGACCAUUUUUAAUUGAAAACAAUCACAGUAAGGUACUUACUUGUUUCCCAAGUAUGAUUUGAUAUUGAGAUAAAAAAACGGCUGCAUUGAACUUUUUUAAGUCUCUAUGUGAGUGGAUGGAUCUUGAGCAUUAAACAGAGAUGCAAGAGCACA